CCUGAUAAGUGUGGGUGUAUGUGUGAGUGGUGUUAGCUUGUACACGAGUUCGCUGCAGUAAAAAUCCAUGCGCUUGUCGAGUUAUUUUCGGAGGUUUCAUCAGAUACCGCAUCGAAGUUUGGAGACAUACAGCUGGGUUGGAAUGGCGAAGAGUGCAUAAAUAAUAACAUCAAGUGAAGGUUGUUGCAAGAAGAAGACGAUCACUACGUACACUACUUUUUGCACGCUACAGCCUACUUGGCUAAACAUUUCGAGUUUCGACAUGGAGAAGUACGUCACUUUGGAAGAAUAUCGGGAAAUGUGGAAGUCCUUGCACGAAUUUCUGUCACAUCAGCCGGCGGGCCAGCCAUCCGUUCACAGCGAGGUGGACGGAAUAAAUCUGCCACUAGGAAUGACUACCGUGUUGGAGGCAUUUAGACAUUUCAAAGUCAGGCAGGAUGAUGUGUGGAUGGUCACGUUUCCAAAAGCAGGCACAACCUGGGCCCAGGAGAUCAUAUCCUGCGUGAUGUAUGAUGGAAACCUGGAGGAAGUCAAGACGAAAAACACUAUGUUUCGUGUUCUUUUCCUGGAAAUGAACCUUCCAGACCCCAUAAGGAAAGCGAAAAAUUUCCCACUCAUUCAUGAAAUAGCGGAGGAGAUGCCGUCACCCCGGGUACUCAAGACCCACCUGCCAGGCCCCUUCCUGCCUCCUCAACUCUGGGAGAAGAAACCCAAGAUUGUCUACGUCAUGCGCAACCCAAAGGACGUCGUGGUCUCCUACUUCUACUUCCUGAAGAUGAUGAACCCUACGCCGGACUCCUUGAAUGAAUCUUUCGGAGAGUUCUUUGACAGAAUGCUCACAGGAAGUGCUUUCUACGGACCGUGGUGGGAUCAUUAUUUGUAUUUCUGGGAGAAACGUAAAGAGCCAAACAUCCUCUUGCUGCGAUAUGAAGACAUGAAAAGGGAUCUGAGAGGUAACGUUGAGAAGAUCAGUCGGUUCUUAUGCAAAAACCUACCAGCCGAGAAACUGGAUGCUAUUACGGAUUACUGCACCUUCGCCAACAUGAAGAAGAACCCAAUGACAAACCAGGACUACGUGUUUGCACAGAAAGAUUCCCCGUACCUCUCUAUGCGAAAAGGUAUUGUUGGGGAUUGGAAGACCCACUUCACCGUGGCGCAGAACGAAGCCAUGGACGCCCUCAUUAAGGAAAAGCUGCACGGUACUGGGCUCACCUUCGAAUACGAGUAGCCAAUUAACAUUUUCGACGAACCGAGUGAAAGGAGGGAUCACCCAAUCAGAACAGAGCAUUAUUCAUUUUCUUGUUUGUUAAAUGAUAUUACAUGUUUAAACCCCAACCACUUAUGACGGAAUGGCCGUUUAUCUAGACAGCACACCUAUAUAGACCAAUCUGGGCACGCUGUCAUUUCUGUCACGAAAGCCCCCUUCAAUGGCGAAUGCAUUGUAUAAGCCAUUGUUCAGAUCAUCCGUUGUGGAGCAAUGGCUUUCCACAUUUUUUUUUUUUGCACACUGCUUUUUCCACCGGAAGAGGCUCAUGUGUACAUGUAUACUGAAAUUUGUGUCGUUGUGGAGUCAUUUAAAUUCGUAUCCUUGUGGAGUCAUUUGUUUGUUCUCGUGUACUAACAUUUGUGUGAGUUUGAAAAUUUAGUUUCCAAAUGCUCCUAUUUUAAUAAAAAUUAAUUUCCUGGGCUGAAAUUUGGACUUAAUGACCCUGUACAUAAAAUACUUCAAUUUGCGACAAAUCAACACACCUUGGAUAUUCCUGGUUUUUGACAAUCCACAUAAUUAUUAACUCUUUCGUGAUAACCUUGUGGAGACAUUGUAUUCACCUAUAGAAACUGCCCCGUGGAGACGUAUACAAUAUUUUGUUCCCUAUUAUACACAUGUCUCCACAGGUACCGUGUAUCAGAUCACGUGCCGGAUACACACAACCUGGCAGCCAGCAGAUUAUAAGGGAUGAUUAUAGCCGAAACAUAGACUCUUUGCACAAGUGCCUCUCGAACGGUCAACAUAUAAAUAAUAAAAACCACCCCAACAGAGUACAGAAAAGUCAGCGCGAAGCUUGAAGUGCAGUAUCCUUCGCAUGUUGUAUCCAACGUAAUCUUUAGUAUCUUUAGUAACAUUUAUUUCAAUGAUGUCAUUCAUUACAAUUAUGUACAAACAUGUAUACAUUAGAAAAAGUCACUAGUAUAAUAUUUGAUAGUUAUGUAUAAUAUUUGAUAGUUAUGUACACAGUGAUUAAUUAUAAAUCUCCUUUUUUUGUGUAUAUAUCAGAAUUGACCACUAUAAAGUGUGUCAGCUCAAAAAGGAAAACAAAAAACAACGGAAUGCCAGAGGUAGAAUGUGUCACCAACAUAGAUUAUAUAUUGCAUUCUUUGAAAGAUACGCCCGGGGUUUUUUUUUUACUUAUAAAUGAGACAUCAAACGUCCAAAUUUGAUAGUGUUUGUGUCAGAGUUAUGAGUAAUUUUCGAAGGGAGGUCAAAUUGACCAUGGGACGUUGUUUUCAAUUUAGGCAUUGGGAUCGACAGAGGUAUAGCCUGAUUGCCUCUGUGUGGAUAAUAUUGCCUGGACUACAAAAAGUGUGUUUAGCGAGUAAACACAAUUCUAAACGCGUUUUGUUAUCAGUUUGUAAACAUGUUUACAUGCUAAACAUUAUUAGCAUGAGGUGAUAGCAAGAAAGUGUUUAGAAUUGUCUCUAUAUGCUAAAAGGUUUUGUUUGAGUUAAGCCACGGCCGAGUUACAUUCUGAGGCUGGUAAUUACACAAAAACGCCUAUGGAAUUGGCUGAUGUCCCUUUUUCAUAGACGCAUGCCCGCCGCAUCCACUUGAUUUAGACGCGUCAUUGAUCGGACAGGUCAUUGCAGAUACCAAACACCACGAAAGUGUGCGGUUAUUUAACUGUAAUGUCGAACACUAAACAGAGGAAACGCCCAAAACGUAACAGUAAUACAAAGAAUGUCGGACCAUUUUCGAAAAAAAAAACGAACUGACUUGAUCAAAUGUUACUUUGUUUCGAUAAAGAAUGUAGCUUUACGAAAACAUUCAAUUAAAGUUGAUAUUUUUUUUUUUUUUUUGCAGUUUCCAAACAUUACCACCUCUUAAUUUUCUCUUUUAGCACACCUGUGUUAAAAAAAGACUCAAAUGCGCCAUGAUUUCAAAGAUGUUAGUGAGAGAUGUUCGGAAUGUGUUGUGGAUAAGGGCGCCCUCUAAAGGCGAUCUUCUCUUGAUCUGUAACAUCUCGUACCAAGCCCCCAGCUCUGUCAAUUAUUUUAUUUUUUUCAUAGAAAUUCAAACAAAAAUAAAGUUGAAAUCGCCCGCUGUGAGACCCCUAAACAAUUAUACUGGUAUUAAUAUGCGCAUGUGCACAAAAUACGGACAGAUAGUGUAAGUAUACACUAUCUUGUAAUCGUCGGAUUUGAACAACGCCCCUCAUUGAAAUUAUUGUACCUCUUUUGUUUAAUUGUGUAGUAAAUUUUAGGAAGACCAUAUGUUUUGUAUACGAAUCCAAAUUGGGGACCUUUCGGGAAUUGGGGACCCUAUUGUCCUCUAUUGUUCAACGUCCCAUAUUAAAUGCGAAAAAACCUCAGACACCCAACCUAUUGAUUUUACGGAGCCAAAUGUCCGAGCAAAAAAAGAAAAUGUCUACAUUUCAGGAUUAAUUUGCUGAUGAAUCCCACCUUGCAAAACAAUCCUGGUUUCCCCCUUCUCAUGCACUCCGUGCGGACAGAUUCCGUUCAAAAU